CUUAAAGUAGAGCCUGCUCCAUUCAUAUUGGAGCCUCCUCCACUUUUACUUGAGCCGGCUCCUUUUAUAAGAUUUGAUACAUUAAAGAAGAUCUACACUAAACUAUAUUGAGGAGACUAUAGUUUAAGCAACCAUCAUUGGGUACAAAUGCAGCUAUCUUCUUCCCAUUCUUAAUCAGCUGCACACGAGCAGAUUUUCUCAUGGCAAAGUUGGGCUGCUUAGCCUCAAUACCACUGCAUAAAUUAGUUAAGUGCUGUUGAGUUUUGAAAUAUUGAUUUGGAAAGAGAAGAUGAAUGUGGCAUUUGCUACCAAACUGAGCCUUAGAACCGAAUCUUGGGGCAAAAAUAUUGUUGCGUAUUUAAAUCUAAAAAUUUAUCUUUUAAAAUAUAUAAAGGGCAUAAUAGUAAAUUUUUUAUUAUCCUUCCCUUUCCUUUCUUUUCCCAAACAUGAUUGUUAUCCUUCCCUUUCUUUUCCUUCAUUAAUCAACCAAACACGAUUGAGGAUUAAACUUAUCCUUCCCUUCCCUUUCCUUCCAUUUCCCUUAUAACUAAUGUUAUCCUCCCCCUUCAAACCCAUCCUACCAAACAUAGCCUAAAUCGCCGGCCGCCCAAACAUCAGCCGCUGUCACCAAUCGUCAACCUUAGCAACCGGAAGUGUGACCGUCGCCGACCAAACGACAGUGAACGAUGGUCAUAUUCGCCGGAGCGCUCAGUCCACUAAUUCAGCUUUAUCAAUGAUCGUCCUGUCGCCUUUGGUUUCGUCUCUGGUCACAUUCACCAUAAUUAUUAUCUUUCCGUCGAGUCUUUCGCCGCCGUUAAAAGACUUUUUGUUUACUGCCGUGCCCAUCGUCGGUCGUCAUCUGAGCCUUCUCAAGCCAUCGUUGUCGCCACAGACUUGCUGGUUGGAAUAUCAGAUUAAACCGAUAUAACUACCUUCUUCCACCACACUGCCGAGAAUCCUUCGCCGCCCGUCUCAACGUCUUGCCCUGGCCGUCGUUCCCUCACCGCCACCGAUCUAUGAAUUUAACCGAGUAGCGUGGGCUUCACAGAAUCACACUGUAGAUUGGAAAGCGAAGGAGGGAAAAAUGGUAUCUGAAGCAAAGGAGAAGAUAUUGCAUAUUUUUUCAGAUUUUAUGACAAGCAUCACAAAAUUCGAUGAGUUAGUGCCUGUGGGGAGUAGGUUGCUUGUUGGAUUUCAGCAAGGACUGGACUUUCUUCAACGGCCUCCAAUUAAGAAGACAACAUCUGAAUUAGUUGAGCGCAUCAUUGAAGCUAAUGAAACAAAGAGGGUUUUAUCAUAUUUUGAAGCUGGCUGUGUCAAUACUCAUGAUAGCGUACAAAAUAUUAGCAAGUUACAUACGUGCCAACUUGGACUUUAUGACCAUCUAAGUAAAGCCAAAUGUAUACUCAACGAGCUUAAAUGCCUUGUGGAGGAUGCACAGCAAACAGUAGCAGAAAGUAUCCCACACUUGAAGGAUGAAGAUAGUGGAGAUGAGUCAGAUCCCAAAGCAACUAAUUCUGGCAUGAAGCUUGAUGUUGCUGAUUAUGCUGUCCUGAUAGGUAUUAUUUAUAGUAUGCUGAAGCAAGACUACACAAUGCAGGAAAGGAUUGUUGCUUCUCUUAAUCUUAAGUCAUCAUCAUCAGAAUUGGAGAGCUACUGCCUGAUGUGGUCUCUACGUCCUUUUAUGGAUGAUGAAAUCUUGCAUAAAGCUUGGAGAUUUAUCACAUAACUGUUUCAGAUUCUUGUGUUCCGAUUUUUUUUAAUUUUUUCUUUAAAUUUUUUGUUUGACAUGCUUGUAGUUCAAAUAUUAUGCAGCACAAGCACUAUUUAUUAUUUUGGGGGAUACCAGUACCAAAUUAAGUGUCCACUGGUUUCGUCUGUCUUAUUUUCUCAUUGUUGACUGCAGUCUACUGAUAGGACUGCAGAGGACAUACUUCAUUUGGUCACAGUUUACUAUAUAUGAUUUGUUCCUUGUCUA